AUGUGUAUUGAUUAUAGGCAGUUGAACAAGGUAACGGUAAAGAACAAGUAUCCUCUACCCCGUAUUGAUGACUUGUUUGAUCAGCUCCAGGGAGCGAGGGUGUUCUCGAAGAUUGAUCUUCGUUCAGGCUAUCACCAGCUGAAUAUUAGAGAUUCUGAUAUCAUGAAGACAGCCUUCAGGACGAGAUAUGGGCAUUAUGAGUUUCUAGUUAUGUCUUUUGGGCUGACUAAUGCCCCAGCCGCGUUCAUGUAUUUGAUGAACAGCGUGUUCCGGCCAUAUCUGGAUUCCUUUGUGAUUGUGUUUAUUGAUGACAUCCUGGUGUACUCGCGUAGCCAGGAAGAGCAUGCUCAGCAUUUGAGAGUAGUAUUGCAGAGGUUGAGGGAGGAAAAGCUUUAUGCAAAGUUCUCCAAAUGUGAGUUUUGGCUUGGGGUAUUAUCGUCGGUUUGUCCAGGGAUUUCCAUCUAUUGCUUCGUCCUUGACCAGGUUGAUGCAGAAGGAUGCGGUAGGGAGAUCGCAAAAGCGGCCCUUGAGGGCCUGGGCAGUUACCGCAAAAGCGGAAGUUUCUCCGCAAGAGCGGACACCGCAGAUGCGAUCCAGGUACCUCAGGAGCUAGUUGAGCUUAUUGCUGUUCUUCAGAGUUCUCAUUCGGAGUUGUCGAGGUAG